GGCGCGGCGCGAGGCGCGGCCGGCACAACAGUUGGCUUGCGCGCGCGGAGGCAGCCGGAGGGUGUCGCACGGCACGCGCGGGAGCUCGGCUCCCUCUCGGCUCGGCACGCCACAGGUUCGGCAUCGCGGGCGGGGGACUUCCCUCCCACGAAGAGUGGCACGCGUGACGAGUGCGCGCGGCAAUCGCGUGUGACGGUACGGGCGCGUGUGACGGUGUGGUGGUCACUGUGCUGUGCGACGACGACGGCGGCGGCGACGAAGGGAUGACGUCAGCCGGUCGGCAGCAAAAGAGCGGCGGGUGAAGAGACAAAACGACUCCGAACUUGGACGUGAGCCGCGCGAUGAGGUGUUGCUGGACGCUGGCGGCCCGUGGGGCGCUGGCCGCGCUUGGCGGGCGGGCGCCGGGCCGUGCCGGAGCCUGAGCGGUGGCGCCGGCGUCGCCAUGCGCGCGUCAUGAGUCACCGCGCCGAGGAGGAGCAGCUGUACCGCCAGUCGCGGGAGGUCCAGUUCAUCCGCGCCGCCACCGCCCGCUCGCCCACCGCGCCCGCGCCCGCCUCGGCGCUGCGGUCGCGGGGCUCCGUCAGCUCGGCGUCCACCUCGGGCCCGGGGCCGCCCCCGCAGGGCGCGCCGCCCUCGCAGCAGGGCCCGCACCAGGCCGGCGGCGACGACCUCCUGCUGAGCGUGCUCCAGUAUCCCGUGACCGCGUCGGCAGGCGGCGGCACCGCCUACCAGCACCGCGUCGUCACCACCAGGUCGCCCGGCGCGCCGCCGCCCUACUUCGCCUCCUCCACCCCGUCUCCGAGGGAGCACGAUGGUGACGAGGGACUGCCGGCCGGGGGCUCCGGGGCCGGCGCGCCCCCGCCGGGCAGCCUCCCUCUCGGCGGUCACCACUCGGACACGGACGACACCGACGGCGGCAACGUCUCGGACCCCGAGCAUCACGCUAACCGCGGAGGUGGGGGCUUCUCCCUCCACAACUUCGGAGCAGCCAUGCUCCGCACGAUCCGGAACGUCCGCUCAUCCUCGCCGCGCUUCGGCGAGUCGCAUCACCCUCACUACCCCCACCACUACCCCCACCACCCCCACCACCACCACAACCGCGCCACCCCGGCGAGCCGGCGGCGUCGCGACUCGCGCGCCGCCUACCGCCGGGCCAACUCGGAGGACGCGUGCUCGGACAUCCUCGGCGAGGACGACGACGACGACCCCCUCGACUCCACCGUACUCGACGUCGGGGAGGUCGCGGCCGGCGCGGCCCCCGCCGACGUGGGACAUGGCGAGCGACAUCGCGGCUCUGUCCAUUCUGCUUCUGGCGCCUCUGGGUCCGGGCCCGCAGGCGGCAGUGGCGGCCGCGGUCACAAGGCACGAGCGGCGGACGCGGCGGACGCGGCUGGGGCCGCGGGCGGCGCACCGAGACACUCCAAGAGCAAGCCGCAGGGGGUGCCCGACCCCUACUACCCCAUCUACCUCCCCAUCGACCAGGCCUUCAAGGCCAAGUACGUGUUCCACCACAAGAGGGGCAAGAGCUUCCAGGAGCGGGUCUACGUGUUCCUCGAGCACCCCGGCGGAUGGAUCUGCUUCUUCUACCACUUCUCCGUAUUCCUCCUCGUCCUCGUCUGCCUCAUUUUCAGCGUCCUCUCCACAAUAGACAUCUAUAGCGACUUCGCCAACGAGACCCUCUUCUGGAUGGUAUUUUAUGAUUUAACUUUGGAAACAAUCUCAACCACUCAAGAUUCGAAACAGUAA